ACACACAAUGUGCAAACGGAGUUAAUUGUGUCACCAUAGAGCGGAGCGUCGCUGCUUCGUUUCCGGAUCAGCAACUCGGCAGUGUAUAUCAGCGAACCAGUGACUCGUCACCGGCAAAUCAGUGACUGCAGCCAGGACUCACUAGCCUAGAUGGAGGGAGCCAUUCCACGGUUUUCGAUGAUUUAGCGGAAUCGUAGUCAUCAUUUUACUCAUCGAGGAAGCAUUUGUCGUCGCUGGGUGAUCGGCGAAACGAAAUCUCGGAAAAUUAGCAACAGCAGAAAGCGCAGACUCACGCCUUGAGUCACAAGAAGUGGAAGAUGGCGUUUUACCGACCGUUAUUCGGCGACGCAGAGCAAGAAGCAUAUUUAUCUCGACACCUUGCCUUCGUUACCCAGCCUGAUGUUAUGGAACUUGCUCAAUUAACAAGAGCGAGGAACACACAAGCCCUGAUGCGAUACGGACCUCCGCUUAGAGGAGGAAUGUAUCAAGAACUAAGCACCGUGUAUGGCGAGCAAUGCCCACCACAAAGUGCAGCAUUCGAAUCUGACAUCGCGUUCGCCCAGCGCGCUGAUCAACAUCUAAACCAGUCACUUCGAGCAUAUCCAUACGGACCAGCGAGUGACUUAGGCAUUCAUCAACCUCUGUACGGAAGUUCAGGAGACCUGCGACAAAUCCAACAACCGAUGGCCGGCAUUCCACCAAGUUACGGAGAAGCAACACACAAUCAAAGUCAUGACCUCCCUACAGUAAUGAGCCGACCCGACCUCCAAUGGUUGGUUACCACAAGCAACGUUGGAAUGAGGACCCGAACUCCUCCGAACACAGUUUCUUCUCCCCACGUCGGGAGGACAGAUGAGAGCUCCGCAAUCACCAUUAGCCACCAUGAUCUUCCACAUCACCGGUUUCAACAAGGGGAGCAGCUUCCACCUCCUCUGCAAAGAACAAACACUGGAAACAAGAGAGUGAAGAUGGAAGCAAACUCGGCUGUUCCUCCCCGACCGAAAGGAACGCCAGGAAGAAAACGAAAGUUCCAAGACCAUGAGUUAAGCCCAGCUGAAGCAACAAAACGUCACAUUCGAAGAGAAAGAAACAAAAUCGCGGCAGCAAAAUGCAGAAACCGACGACGAGAGCUCACAGAUCGACUCCAGGGCGAAACAGAUCACUUGGAGGAUCAUCAGAGUAUCCUCCAUCAAGAGAUCAUGUCCCUACAGCAGGAGAAGGAGCACCUUGAGUUCCUCCUUGCCGCGCAUUCUCCUCAGUGCAAAGCAGGGAUCGGAGCCAGUGAGCAUCUUCUUCUUGCUCAUGAUGAUCGGAUGAUGCAGAGCAACAUGGUUGGAGGAAUGCACGAGAUGUCGCUCGUCCCACCUCCGGAAGUGAUGGAGGAGAUGAUGCCACAACCUCACACCGAUUCAUGCGUACCAGACAACACACACACCCACCCUGGGUAUUACACUGAGUAUUCCAACCAAGACACUACCCUUCCCGUAUCUCUUCCAUCUACCUGCGCACCCAACAGCACAGGGCCGACUGACUUGUCUCUCCACUCACAAUCCUACGGAACCCCGCCAACCAGGUUUCCUAACAUGAACCUCGAACCAUUGGCAAUAUCUGAAGCCCCACUCAACACCCCAGUAUGCACGCUCACAACUCCCUCGAUCAGCAGCGGCGUCUUCACCUUCCCAAGCAGCACCUCCGGAGGACUUAACACCACCACAGCCACUACGGAUAUGUCAUACAAUUACCAAACCUCUUCAGUCAGCACUCCGUGCCCAGAUUUUUUCCAGACUCCUCGACUCCCGACGACCCCGUCUUACACAGCCUCAGUGACGUCGUUUCCGGCUGAUGGCCAAUCAUUCCCGGUAUUGAGCAGCCACCUUCAACAGCAGCCAGCACAGUCGUGCUCGGCAGCGCACAGAAGGAGCUCAUCAAGCGAAAGCCACAACAGCCCAGAUUCAGUGAAAUCGCCGAAGUUGCUUUCCCUAUAAACGCUUCAUGUAAAAAGGCAGCAAAAACUUUGUUUUAUAUCCCGUGCGUUUCGACGACACUCGUUGUAUAUUUGUUGCUGAAACAUUCAAAAGACGAUAUUUUCCACCACAAGUUUCACCGUUUUCUUGCCUGUACAGUCAAAUUUAUUUUUCUACUUGCUUUUCAAGGUGACGUGGUCUCUUAGUGAAUUCGCCUGACCCAUUUUCGUUUCAUUUGAAGGUGUUUGGUAACCUGACACAUUUAACUAUUCAUUAAUUUAUUUAACGCGUUCUUGCCAGUAGUAACUUAUUCCACACGUCCGAAGCUUAUUUAUUUGCGCCGCACACACAUUCCCAUUUAUUAUUAAGCUGCCACUUGUUUCUACUACUGUCGCUAUUUCGUAUAUUUUCGUGUAAUAAGCUGGUGUUUUGUUGAUAUUGCGCCGCAGAGUUAAUCAAGCUUCUACCAACAAAAGCAGUAAACAACCUGUACAGUUUGAGCAAUUGAUUCUCUGUCUCCCUUACACAUUGCCAGAAUACCUAUACUUAAACUGCUUCCCAACGGCUCAUACACUUCUAUACAGUGAUUCAUAUUACCCAUAAAAGCCAGCAGGAGCAAACAUAUUUUCCGAAUUAUUUACAGGCAAUUGAUUUUUAACUUUUAGAUCUAUUCAAGUUAUAUCUAUUCCAUACGUUAUAUUUUUCUAACUCAUAGCUAUAGAUAAAUCAACUUUUGCACUUCAAUGUAUAUCCUCGCCUUUUUAUGCUGCAGUUUCUAUCUUUAUGUACAACAAUCAAAGUUACUCGGGAACACUGGUGUACGUUAUGACGUAGAUUUUUUACGUACAGUUAUUUCAAUCCAAUAAAACACAUUUUUAAACGUUUA